AUGCCCCGGCCCACGCGCGAGUCCUACGGCGACCAGAAACCACCGUUCUCGUACAUCGCACUGACCGCAAUGGCAAUCUGGAGCUCACCGGAGCGCAUGCUGCCCCUGUCCGAGAUCUACCGCUUCAUCACGGACCGCUUCCCGUACUACCGGCGCAACACGCAGCGCUGGCAGAACUCGCUGCGGCACAACCUCUCCUUCAACGACUGCUUCGUGAAGGUGCCACGGCGGCCCGACCGCCCCGGCAAGGGCGCCUACUGGACCCUGCACCCGCAGGCCUUCGACAUGUUCGAGAACGGCUCGCUGUUGCGCCGCAGGAAGCGCUUCAAGCUGCACAAGGGGGAGAAGGACAGUUUGAACGCCGAGCUGGCGGCCCUGGCAACUUUUAACAGAGCGUUUUUGGCGCGGCAAGCGAACGCUCCGCUACCGCCGCCUAAUUUGUCGAGUAGCAUGUACGGCCCAGCCAUGAAUGUGUGCUCGAGGUCUAGUCCUGAAGUGAUUGAGGCGCCCGAUACGGCGGCUUUGAUACCGGCUUGUCCGCGGCCACGUAGGGCUUUCACAAUUGAUGCUCUCCUCGAGCCUGAACCAAGCAGGCUGUCACCGUCACCGCCACCACCGCAGCCCCACUGCCCACUGCCUCUGCCGCCCGCCCCAUACCUUUUAGCGGCGCACAGAUACCACGCAGAACUCCUAGCUGGACUACAACAGUCCUGCCUACCACCGCUUUGGACUUGGCGCGAUACGAGUCAAUUCUCACAUUACACGCUUAAUUCA